ACAUAGGUAUUUAUGUAAUAGUAUAAUUUUUGAAUAAGUAUUAAUGAAAUUGAGUGAGAGUGAGAGGAUAUUUAUAAAAUCUAUUUUCAAUUCCUUGCAAGUCAAUCGCAAAUUGUUUUGUAAUUACUUAAAAAACUACUCAAAUCAAAAUUUUAAUUUCAAAGAUUUGGAAUCUGAAAAUGAGAAAAUGAUAAGUUUAAUGGAUGAAAUUCUUAUGGAAUCGGUAAAUGACUUGGUUAAGAUAAAGCCUUUUCUAAAUAGACUUGAUGUGUAUUCAACUGACGAUAAAAUUACACUCAAGGACAUGUACAACAAUUGGAAAAAUGACAUUGUUCUAAGGAUAAUUAUACUUAAACAUUUGAAACGGUUCGAUUCAGUUGAUUUACAACGAGCCCUCUUCAUCACUUUAGACUCUCCGUACAUUAAUAUUUAAUUUAAUCCCCCUCAAAAAAA